AUGCUAAGCGUUUCGUACAGCUACGGUUACCUCGGAUUCACUAACCUCGCCUCGUACGAUUCGGCAAAGUGCGCGUCUAAGUGUAAUGCCAUCUCUGGCUGCGCUGCCUUCAACUUGUACUUCGAGCGCGACCCUUCCAAAGACCCUGGAACUGGUUGCGAGAACCCUUCGAGCACGACCAACAUCAAGUGCGUUUUCUGGGGUGGCCCAGUAACCUCUGCCAACGCCAACAACGCUGGACAAUGGAGAAGCAACUUUCAGGUCGUCAUUGCUGGUUCCAACGGAUACGUCAACAACACCAUUGAGCCUGCCGAUGGCUUCACCUCUCCUGUAUACUACGGCAACACUGCCAUUGACGCUCCCAACGACUGCAACGGCCAGUCUACCUUCCUCGGUUCCCAGGUCUUCACUGGUGGUCCUUUCGAUGCCAGCCUCUGCGCCGCCGCUUGCGAUGCCCAAAGUGCCACCAACCUGAAGGCCAACAAGCCUACUUGCAAGUUCUUCAAUACUUACAUCCUGUCCCGCAACAACGUCGCCAUUGGCCAAUACUGCAACCUCUACUCUCAGACCUGGGCAUCUUCAUAUGCUACCUACAAGGGAUCCAACAGCAACGGUAACAAGUACUCCGUCUCUUACUCUUAUGGUUUCUCCAGCUCCGCCGAUGCUGGUACCUGCAAGAAGCCC